AUGAACAAAAAUUGGAAUGACAGGGCCGAUAAGGACCUCUUCUUCACCAUCCUCUCAGUGAAGAACAUUGGCGUCAUCAGCGGCUCGGAAUGGACCACCAUCGGCAACCACAUGCGCACCCUGGGUUAUGGCUUUACCAACGAGGGCUGUCGGCAACAUUUUCAAGGACUUCGCCGCGCCCAACACAAGGCUGAGACUAACGGGGGCAGCCCGGACAACCCUCGGAAGAUUGAUCCCACCCAAAACCCUAUUACUCGUCGUCCUGGCCCGGGUCGUGGAAGGCCCAAGAAGCAGCCUCAGCAACCUACGCCGAUGCCUAUUCCUGCUCUUCCUGGCCAGCCCGGCCAACUCGGCCAACCCGUCCAACCCGGUCAGCCUGAUCAGCUUGGACCUGACCAAGAACUCCAAGCCGCUCAACCUCCCCAGCCCGAACACCAACCCGAACACCAGCACGACCAUCAGUCCGAUCCCAAUCAGGUCAAUUCUCAUCAGCCCGGACCCCAGCAGCCUGAUCCUCAGCAGCACGACCAUCAGCCCGACCACGACCAGUCCAUCCAAAACGAUCAAUCCCAUCAACCGCCGUCUGUAAUGUCUGAUGGUCUUGGUGCUUUGCCAGAGUCCCUGGAUCUCCCUCUCAAGGAUGAUUCUCUCGACAUGUCCCUCAAGGAAGACAACGACGACGAACAGGAUGGCCACGAUGCUAAGAGGAUUAAGCUCGACAAUCCCCCUCAGGAUCCCUCCCUUGUUGACGAUGAGGCCGUAUUAGCUCUGGCCGCCCACAGUGAUGCUCCCUCUGUUGACGGCUACGCUUCCGAGUAUCCUACAGCUGGCCUAACCGGGUCAGACCCGCACAGCUUCAGCUACGGUGGCGAGACAUAG